AUGGAAACAGACUCGACUGCUGCGAAGCUACCUGCAAAACGUGCAGAGUUGAAUGUAGAAAACGAAGAGGCUUCUACACCAUCCUCUCCAUUAGAUGCUGGAGAAAACGUCCGCGGGUUCUUGCAAGUACUGGGAGUAUUCUUGAUUAUCUUCAAUGUUUGGGGUCUCACUUUCGCGUACGGAUCCUUUGAGAGCUUCUAUGCUCUAACAUACAUCCCUACUUUCUCAGCAUCUGCAAUAGCAUGGAUUGGCACAAUACAGAGUUGGCUACUCAUUGUCUCUGGUCUCAUCUCGGGUCCUCUCUUUGACCGUGGCUAUUUCUCGAUCAUGAUUGGCGCUGGUGCCUUUCUGGCCGUGUUCGGCUUCAUGAUGCUGAGUCUCUCGCAUGACUACUAUGCAAUAUUUCUUAGCCAAGGUGUAUGCAUGGGGUUGGGCUUUGGUUUAUUAUAUAUACCCAGCAUCGCGCUUAUUAGUCGAUCAUUUGUUCGCAAGCGAGCCGUGGCUUUGGGCUUUGCGACAAGUGGGGCCCCUGCAGGAGGUAUCAUCUAUACAGUCAUGUUCGAUCAGCUCAUUUCGAAAUUGAGUUUUGCCUGGACUGUCCGCAUUAUGGCAUUUUUGAUGUUGUCUCUUUUCCUUGUUGCUGCCUUCUUGUUGGUAACCCAAGGAAGGGGGGCAAUAACGACCACAAAUGGCCAACGAAAGAAACUGAUUGAUAUCCGGGCCCUGAAAGAUCUUCCUUUCUGGAGUUUUACUGCGGCCAAUUUUCUCCUCUAUCUCGGUUACAUAACACCUUUCUAUUAUAUUCCAACUUAUGCACAAACUAAGCUUGGAACUUCGCGGAGCAUGGCCUCUUACGUGCUCAUAAUCUCACAAGCGUGUUCAAUUGUCGGUCGUGUUGGCACCACCAUCUGUGCCCACUACUUUGGGUCGAUGGUGUCUUGGAUAUGCUGUGGCAUACUCUCCGGAAUUUUAUGCUUUGCCUGGAUCAGUGCAGAUACUCUGGUUCGAUUUAUUCUUUUUGCGGCCUUUUAUGGGGGUAUCUCUGGUGCCCUGAUUCCACUCCCACCAAGUGUAUUCUUUCACGUCUGUCCCGACGCACAGAUUCUUGGCACCUGGCUUGGAAUGGCUCAAAGUAUCAGCAGCUUCGCAUCACUCUUGGGGCCACCGAUUGCAGGUGCGCUCGCUUCGGUUGGCUCUCAUAGUAGUACCGACCUCAAUUUCCUUAACAUCCAGUUGUUCGGAGGAAUCACAAUGAGCAUCGGUGCCUUUGAGUUGUUGCUCUUGUGGUACUUGCUCUGGAAAAUCAGGGAUAAAAAAGGCUUUUUUUGA